AUGGAGUGGAUAAAUCCAAUGCCCAAAAUCGAGCUUCAUGCUCAUCUCAACGGCUCCAUCAGAGACUCCACUCUUCUAGAGCUUGGUAGGGUUCUUGGUGAGAAAGGUGUUAUAGUGUUCUCUGAUGUUGAAGAUGUCAUUCGGAAAAAUGAUCGAUCUUUGCCUGAGGUCUUCAAGUUGUUUGAUUUGAUCCAUGUGAUCACUACUGAUCACCAAACCGUGACAAGGAUCACUAGAGAAGUUGUAGAAGACUUUGCUUUGGAAAAUGUGGUUUAUCUUGAGUUACGAACAACUCCAAAGAGGAAUGAUUCAAUAGGUAUGAGUAAACGUUCUUACAUGGAAGCAGUAAUCGAAGGUCUGAGAUCCAUCAGCAAAGUCGAUAUUGAUUUUGUCACGGCAUCAUCUAAUUUUCAAGAACCACACAAUGCGUGUGAUGGAAUUCAAAGGAAGAAGAUUUAUGUUAGACUUCUUCUUAGCAUUGACCGUAGAGAAACAACCGAAUCAGCAAUAGAAACUGUUAAGCUCGCAUUGGAAAUGAGAAAUGUCGGUGUAGUUGGUAUCGAUCUUUCAGGGAAUCCUCUUGUUGGAGAAUGGAGCACAUUCUUGCCUGCAUUACAAAUGGCUAAAGACAAUGAUCUUCACAUCACUCUUCACUGUGGAGAGGUCCCCAAUCCCAAAGAAAUCCAAUCCAUGCUUGAUUUCAAACCGCACCGGAUUGGUCAUGCCUGUUUCUUCAAAGAUGAUGAUUGGGAAAAAUUGAAACUUUUCAAGAUUCCGGUUGAAAUUUGUCUUUCAUCAAACAUUAUAACCAAAUCAAUAUCUUCAAUCGAUAUUCACCAUUUUGCUGAUCUCUACAAUGCAAAGCAUCCAUUGAUUAUAUGCACUGAUGAUUUUGGAGUUUUCUCUACCACCCUCUCCAAUGAGUACGCUCUUGCUGUUCGUUCCUUUGGUCUUAGUAAAAGGGAAACCUUUGCAUUGGCUAGAUCCGCCAUCGAAGCAACAUUUGCAGAUGAUGAAGUUAAGCAACAGCUUAUGUUAAGAUUUGAUUCAGCCUCGCCGGAGUUUGUUUAG